GUUUUUGUGCUUUAAUCACUUUUGAAUUGUUACAUUCAUGUUUUCUGCUGUUGAAAAUCCAAAGAAGAAAAAUGAUUUCUGUUUUUAAAUCCUUCUGCUGAGUUUCUGACCUGCUUUCAGCCAGACUUGUUUUUCUGUCCCUCAAUCUUGGGACAUUUUUCGCUCUGUCAGCGAUAUUUCACCGCAGACAGAAUGUUGAUCCACAGAUUAAGUCCUGAACAAAAGGCCGCAGCAGCCGUCACAACAACACCGAACUCGUAAAAGGCCGCAGCGGCCGGACCUGCGCACAGAAAAACCGGCAGCCAAUCAGACACAGUCGUUAUUUCAGGAUAAAAUUGAUCCAGGAUGUUUCUGAGGACCCUGGCGCUCGUCUUUCUGACACUUCUCCUCUGCACAGGUGCUGAAGACAAAUCCAGGCUCCACAGGAGGCCCUCCUGUGUUGGGAUGAGCGUCACUCAGGCUUGUCCGCUGAAUUACUCUCCGGUGUGUGGCAGCGACGGCGUCUCUUACCCCAACGAAUGCUCGCUGUGCGUCCAGCGACUGGAGAAAAAUGCAGACAUUUUGAUUGUGAGAGACGGACCGUGCUGAAGAUGACGUCCUGAUGACAUCACACCCACGCGCAUCAUUAAUGAAUGUAGCUUUUAGCAUGUAGCAUUCAAAUAUGAACGCUGGUGAAUGCAGACAUAUUUAAUGAAAACUGCAUCAGAAAUUGUCUUUGUGUUUUCAUAUUUCUGUAAACCUUUUACAUUCAGCUUCUGAUCAAUAAAGAUCUUAUUUUUCUCUGA